GGGACUUGCUCUCAGCCUGAGUCGGCGGCGGCUGCGGGAACUUUCCCAGCGGAUCUAAUGGCUGCGCGCGGGCCGCUGUGAGGCGCGGCGGCGAGCGACGGGCGCGGGGCCGCGGAGCAGCGAGCGAGCGAGCUAGCGAGCGCGAGGCCGGAGCCCCGGCAAGGCCCGGCCGACCCGCCGAGCCCGCGAUGCGCCCCGGGGCCGCCCCCCGGCGCAGCUGACGCCCCGCGGCCCCGCGAAGACCCCGGCCGGCCGGUCCCGGAGGAAGCGGCCGCCGCCGCCGCCGCCCAGCCCAGCGCCCGCGCCGCCCGGGCACCAUGGCGGGGAAGGUGGCCGCUCCGGGCACCGCGGUGCUGCUGGUCACGGCCAACGUGGGCUCGCUCUUCGACGACCCAGAAAACCUGCAGAAGAACUGGCUUCGGGAAUUUUACCAGGUCGUGCACACACACAAGCCGCACUUCAUGGCUUUGCACUGUCAGGAGUUUGGAGGGAAGAACUACGAGGCCUCCAUGUCCCACGUGGACAAGUUCGUCAAAGAACUAUUGUCAAGUGAUGCGAUGAAAGAAUAUAACAGAGCUCGAGUCUACCUGGACGAAAACUACAAAUCCCAGGAGCACUUCACGGCACUAGGAAGCUUUUAUUUUCUUCAUGAAUCCUUAAAAAACAUCUACCAGUUUGACUUUAAAGCUAAGAAGUAUAGAAAGGUCGCUGGCAAAGAGAUCUACUCGGAUACCUUAGAGAGCACGCCCAUGCUGGAGAAGGAGAAGUUUCCGCAGGACUACUUCCCCGAGUGCAAAUGGUCAAGAAAAGGCUUCAUCCGGACAAGGUGGUGCAUUGCAGACUGUGCCUUUGACUUGGUGAAUAUCCAUCUUUUCCAUGAUGCUUCCAAUCUGGUCGCCUGGGAAACAAGCCCUUCCGUGUACUCGGGAAUCCGGCACAAGGCCCUGGGCUACGUGCUGGACAGAAUCAUCGAUCAGCGAUUCGAGAAGGUUUCCUACUUUGUGUUUGGCGAUUUCAACUUCCGGCUGGAUUCCAAGUCCGUCGUGGAGACGCUCUGCACAAAAGCCACCAUGCAGACGGUCCGGGCUGCCGACACCAAUGAAGUGGUGAAGCUCAUAUUUCGUGAGUCGGACAACGACCGGAAGGUUAUGCUCCAGUUAGAAAAGAAACUCUUCGACUACUUCAACCAGGAGGUUUUCCGAGACAACAACGGCACCGCGCUCUUGGAGUUUGACAAGGAGUUGUCUGUCUUUAAGGACAGACUGUAUGAACUGGACAUCUCGUUCCCUCCCAGCUACCCAUACAGUGAGGACGCCCGCCAGGGUGAGCAGUACAUGAACACCCGGUGCCCGGCCUGGUGUGACCGCAUCCUCAUGUCCCUGUCCGCCAAGGAGCUGGUGCUGAGGUCGGAGAGCGAGGAGAAGGUUGUCACCUAUGACCACAUUGGGCCCAACGUCUGCAUGGGAGACCACAAGCCUGUGUUCCUGGCCUUCCGAAUCAUGCCCGGGGCAGGUAAACCUCAUGCCCAUGUGCACAAGUGUUGUGUCGUGCAGUGACGUGGUGGGAAGAGAUGCCAGCGCCACGAGAGGACCCUUCGUGAGCCCUCCCUGUAGCCGUGUACCGAAUACGCACUCUUGAAAGCUGCAUCGAGAACCCGCCCAAGCGCCACCUGCUAGACGGCCAGCCCCACACUUCGCUUCAGCCUCCGGACCAUUCCGGAACAGCCUCACAUACCUCACUGUCUCGUCUGUUCAUGUGACAUUAAGUAGAAAUAUUGGUUUUUUUUUUUUAAAUAAGUCACAGUCCUGUUGUCAAAACUCUAAUAGACAGCAAAGAAGGUCUGUACUGUAGACUUCACAGUUUUCAGUUUUUAAUGAUUGUCAGUGGAGGGGCUUCUCCAGCACAGAGACCCCCCCCCACUGUGUCCAGGGACCCCCUCUGCCAGGUGGAGGUGUGUCCAGGGGCUGGGGAAGCUGAGACGGGCGCUCCCUCUGCCAGCCGGCAGCGUGGCCCUGAGCAUGGCGAGGGGGUCUGUCUCUGCCGAUGCUCCUUCCGCAGCACUGACUCUGCACCGUGUCACAUGGUUUUUGAAUCACACUGCAGCUGCUUUCCAUUUUUAUAUAUAUAUAAAUAUAUAUAAAUAUAUACUUUUUAAAAAUAAUUUAUAAAUCUUACCAAAACUUAUGCUAAAUGUACUUUCCAGUAUGAACGCACAGGAGAGUCCCAUCAGUAGGCGGCAUUGGAGUCUAGGAGCUCAGCUGUGUGUCCAUCAACACACAAAUUCGUAAAAAACACACAUGGCCUCGCCAGCGUGGGUAAAAUCGGCCCCACAGCACGUCUUCACUAGCGGGCCGUCACUCCCAUGCCGUUCUUCUGUGUAAUAUUAAGAACUGAAUGUGAAGUUUAUAGCUAGCCUGGGUGUACCUUUUAAGAAUUUUGUAAACCGUUUGUCUGUCUGUUGUUACUGUUUAUGGUGCCAGGUAUUCAACAUUACAACAAUAAUAUCAUGGGAGAAAUAGAAAUAGCCUAGUUCGCUUCCAAUAGAAACUGCUUUUAACAUGGGCUGUAUAUAAAAAUAUUAAAGAGAAACAAAACUGUACAUUUCCUCAUUGCUCCGCUACAAACAACCCAUGUAAUAACCUUGUUGCAAAUAUUUUUCUCCUAUAGCACUAAGUACAGCAUUAAAAGGUGAUUAGAGAGUCUGUUGAUGAAACACAAAUGUAUGUUUUAUUGAUUUUACUUUAGAACACUACAGAGUUCCUGGACCGGGUGAAGGCAUUAGCUGGGCGUUUGUUUGGUAUAAAUACUACCACUGCAAGUGACUGCUGUCCUCUGCGGAAUCUGUUCUUGGUGGAAGCACCGGUCCGUGUCCCUGCUGUGGUUGCCGCUGUCCGCAGUUCAACACGGAGUCCGCCCCACAGGUUUCAGCUGUUGGUCGUUCUGAGGGCCUUUAGAAGUGACUGGUCUGGUUCCUAAGCAAUAAAAUUGACCGUGGUGAAAAUA